AUGACGCAGAUUGCAGCGCCCUCCGAGACCCUCCAGCUCCUCACCCGCCUGAGCCAGAAGCCCGGCGUACAGAGCACCCUCUUAUUGUCGCGCGAAGACGGCGCCAUUGUCCAAUCCUCCGGCUUGAUCUCCGAGAAUACUUCCGCGAACCCAAACACCACGCUGCCGGCCUCCGGUGAGAACGAUGCCCCUUUUACCAACGGCCGAAGGGAGAGCGGUAUCCACAGCGCCGAGGAUGUCGCGCGCAUGGUGCAUGGGUUCGUGGCAGCCGCGGGGGAGCUGGCUAAGAACUUGGAGGAUGAGGAUGAGGUCAAGCUUCUCAGAUUGAGGACCAAGAAGAACGAGCUGGUCAUUGUACCUGAUGCCAAGUUCCUACUUGUCGUCGUACAUGACACGCCCCCUGCGUAG